UUGUUUUUCUCUGUUGCCCAUGCUUUUAUGGACUUAAUGAUUAGAAUUGCCCAUAGUAUAAGAUGAUCUGACCAGUACCUUAACAACCUCCUGACACUUCUGUUGUUCAAGUUACUAUUUUAUCUGUCCUGACAUUUUUAUUCUCUCACCACAUUGCAUAGACACUGAAAAUGUUCCAAUUUGAAUCCUAUUGGUGGCAUGGGCGUCCAAUGAUACAGAAUGAUGGGAAAAUACUUGCCAUGUCUUCAUCAAUUCUACAAGGAGUUGUUGGCAGGAGAGAGGCCAAGCAAGGACAGUCAGGAAUUGGCGGCUUUGCUUUCUCCCAAUGUGUGCAUGGAAGAUUCAAACCUUCCUCUGGAAACCAAUGAAUUUAUUGAACCAAGUAGCCAAGCUUUUCAUUUCCAUGGGAGCAUAUUGACUGUGGAUAGUCAUGGCAUGCCACAUGAUAGCCACUCAACCACAAAUGGCAGUCAGAAUGAUAUCCUGUUGCUUCAGAUAUCCUUAAUUCAGAUGAUGGGUUCUAAAUUACAUUCUGAAAUACUGAAUCAAGAUGUCAGAGAAUCCUACAUGAAGGCGACAAGAGUUUUAUUAGAAGAUAUGGACAUUUCAUCUAAGCUGGUUCCACUGUUUGGCUGCCCAGACAAGCUGUUGUCUCACAUGGCUGUGAAAUGCGUUGCAUCACUGAUCCUAGUUCAGAUUUUGGUGUUGAAUCUGUCCAUUGAAAGCUGGAUGAACAGCUGUUUGUACACACUAUCAGAAGACUCUGGAAGCAGUAAAGCAGCUGAAUGGCUGCAAACAAUUACAUUUGUGACUAAAGAAAUUUUAAAGGGAAAAUCCCUGAACAAGACAGUGACCAUACAGAAGCUCCUCAUUCCGUUGGACUCUGUAUUCGAUGGUUUUUACUCUGUCACGUUUGCCUCAUAUUCUGGUGACUGCAGAACAAGCGGAGCCACAACAAGACCCGAUACUGAGAACAUUGCCACAACCAACCAACUUCCAUUCAUAGAUUUGCUUGAAGUUUUUGCUGCUAUUAGAAUCCAGCUGAAAUUAAAUUUCUCUUGUCUGAGGAUAUUAUACCUGUGUGCCUCACAAAUACUGCACUGUGUCAUUUCCUCUGCUCAUUAUUUGGUUAAAAAAAGGCUCCUUUUGCUGCUCAAACAAUGUAUCCUUUGCCAAGCUGGUGAAGAUGAUGCCGAUUCCUGUUGUGCAAUAUCUCAGCAAGAUAACCACAUGCACUAUGAUUUACUGGCUGUAUCUAAUGCAGUGUUACAAGCUUUGGUGUCAGGUUGGUUAAGGCAAGUUCCUGUGAGUCCCAAGCCAUCUUUCUUUGGAGGUAGUGAGAUAUUUGGUGUUGAAGAUUCGAACUGUGGGCCAGAUCUGGUGACGUUAAGGGCUGUAAGUCUAAUUCUAAUCAAAGCCAUGGAAAUUAAGGUGCAAAACAUGACCUUUGCAGACAAAGAAAAAGGGUGCCUGAGAGCUGAGCUCCAGUCUUGGAUGUCCCAACUGAUGACGUUUCUGAGGAUGCAUUUCCAGUGCCCUGAACGUUCCCAGCUGCUCUCACAUCCAUGCACCUUGGUUUCAUUGGUUUUCGGGGAGCAGGAUGAUGAUAUGGUGGAGGCUGCCAGAGCGCUGUUAAACAUCUAUAAACGUUCCUACAGAUCGUUGGAUAGCUACUCUCAGGGAAAGACAGACAUCUCUCUUGAGACACAUGAACAUUGCUUCAAUCCCCAUUGUAUCUUUCUCCUGAUGCUACAGAAUUUAGCUUUUGAUCAUUGUGUGCUGCUGGAUUUCCUGAUUUCCACUGAAACCUGCUUCCUGGAGUAUUUAGUGAGAUAUCUGCGACUUCUUCAAGAGGACUGGCACCCCUUCCACUGCAUUUGUGUUCAGUUUGAUGCUGCUGCUGAAUCAUUUUGUUCGCCUGCAAUUAAUGAUAUCCGUGAUGAUCUCAAUCUCACUGCUAGUGUAGAGCGAGACAGGACCAACAAUCAAACUGUCAUCGGAGGCUCAAAAGAAGCAGUUGUAAGUUGCACAGCACCACACCUUGCACCCAAGGGGGAGCUGAGGAACAGUGAAAACAACUCUGGACUUCUGGUGAGCAGUAAUAGGCCUUGGCCACUUGAGCAGCCCCAAAGCCUAGUGGAUUACGAGAGUUCGGAGGACUCGGAUAGUGAUGGAAUGGAAGCUCCCUACCUGAAUAUCGUCAGCCUGAAAGGUAGUCAGGGUAAUGAAGAGAUGAAUAACACAGAAACACCUGGUGAAAUAGUGAACCAUGUUCCAGAAAAAAUAGGAAGCAUCAACGUUGUAAGUGGCCCAAGGGAUGCAAGUUCACACAGUUGUGAAAAGCACACAAAAAUGUCCUUUGAAGGAAUGUUUAAGAAAUCAAUGAGGUGUUUGACUGAAUUGAGAAAAACCAUUAGCCGUUUGCAGGGAAGAAGUCUUUUUCCAUAUAAUGCAACGGCACUGCUAAAACUGCUGUUAGAUAUUGAAACACGCAGCAGAAAAGAUAGUUCAAACCCUGCAUAACUGCCAGUGAAGAAUAGAUCCUUUGACAGUUCAGACAAUGAGUUUCUCCAAAAAUUCUAUUAUACUGAUUUAUGAUUCAUUCUUGUAAAUAAAACUUAGCAAGAAGUUAGUUAACUUCUUUGGUAAAAUAUAAAGUUUGCAAUGAACAGAAUGAAGAACAAGAUGUGAAAUUAGAUACUUUAAUUUAUUCUACAUCUCUUCAAAUUGAAACUUGUAUAUAUAUCAAUAUUAGAGAGAUUACACCGAGUUUGUGAACUACCUGAGUCACAGUGAGGCUGAGACACAGAGCAAGUUACGGAUGGUUAUAAUUUAUAUCCUAACAUUUUAUUAUUUGGUUGAAUUUUUUAAAAAAAUCACAAAGGAAUGAAAACUGGAAAAAAACUGGGGUCUUCUUAUUAGAACAAAACAGAUGAUGGGACAACAAGGCAGAUAGAAGCAAACUGUUACAAUAUUUGAGGGUUCAGGAAUGAGGGCCCAUAGAUAUAAGAUAAAAUCAGUGAUUUAGAACAGAGAGCAGGAGAAACUUUGCGCAUUCAGGAGGUUGUGGAAUUCACUUACAGAGUUGGUGGUCGAGGCAGAAACUAUGUCAAAAUUCAAUAUUAGAUUGGCUAAUUGGAUGAAGGAAAGGAUAAAGGGAGAUGGGAAUAGUGACUGUGAUUCAAAUUAUUUGCUCACAUGGAGAUUAAACAUUGAAUUGAACUGUU